AUGAAUCUGCAGAAUCAUUUACAACCUAUGAGAAGUGAAGGUUCAGCAAAGCUAGCUGUACCAGGUCGGCAUUCCUAUGCGACAUCUGUAUCGUCUUUUAAUCACAAUAAUCUAUCAUCACAGCAUUUCGGCAGUCAACGACCGCUGACGGCACAUUAUAGAUUGUCUAGAAGUAACACCAACAUCACAGCGGAUAAUUACUCCACACAGGACUCCCAAAGUAUAGCCACAAUAGAUAAAAUACCUGCUACCAAACCAACUGUGACUUAUCUGGAUAAGUUAUGGACACAAAUCGAUGUACUAGAUGAUGUUAAGAACAUGGCCAACGAGGUGAGAACCAAAGGAUCAUUCUUUAACGACAAAUUUAAUCAGGAAUUAGAUAAACUAAAAGCACUGCAGGAGAAACUAUUAAGUACUAUGUCAACACAGCAGUUUAAUGAUAUAAAUAACAACGAACAUCAGAAGCAACAUUUUUACCAAUUGAAUACAAUUACUCCUUCGGUCCAUCCGGCAGAUAAUUUACGUGCUGAAGAUCAAACAGUUCAUGAAGAUGAGGACGAAGAGUCGGAGAAAGAACGAACUAAAAAGAAGGCCGUACAGGAGAAGAUCAAUGCAUUUUUCAAGCACGAUGAUCAAGAGGAAGAUUUGGAGUUUAAGAACCAAACUAUAUACAGAAAGGAAAACUUUGAUGAGAUCAAUAUGUACGUCUCCCAAAUAAAGAAAGAUUUGAAAGGAUUGGGAGAGUCCAUGAAGAAAUUUGAUGAGUCUACUAGAGAAAUUUGGUGA